GACGAACCAUGUCGUUAGGAUUCGCCCUUGCGUUCGGCUUUCUCGCGGUUGCUGCCAACGCUGUACACUUCGAGCGCAGGCCGGAUCUUGGGGAAUUUCAAGAUGAACGCAAGUGCUUCCCGUACGAGACGCCGUGGUUUGCCGUGUUGAGAAACUUCGAGAACGACCCGUACAUCGGCGGCACCGCCAAGUGCAUCCGGGUCACGCAGACGGCUCCUCUCCAGGGCGACGUCACCGAGAACGUCGUCGAGUACGGACACACCGAAAAAUCGAGAAACAAGGUUACAUUGAUGAGCACAGAAGGGUACCACCAUAAGAAUCUGCUAAACGUCACUUUCCUGGAAGGACCUGGAAAGGGAUCUCACCUUCAACUGUUCAGCGUGUACUCCGAUUGCGACAAGUGCAAGGUGUACAGGAACCCUUACGCCGGCGAGGACGCUUGCACACUCUUCGUGCCGGCGAGCAGGGCUAGGCAGAUCGACCCUGCGUGCCAGUUCAUAUUCAACCUGCUCUGCGGCAGCGACAAGCAUUACCACCUGCUGGACGACGGCUGCACUUUAUAAGCCCCAUUCACACCUCGAAGAAGGCUUAUAUAUAUAUAUAUACGGCUGCAAUUUCAUCGCGCCACCGUUACGUCGUCCUUCUGUUCAACCGCACUUAACAUCGAAAGACCAAAUACACUGUAUGCAUUAUCCACUUGGGUUGUUUUCUCUGUCACAAACAAGAAAAGAAAAGCUGCGCAGGUCUGGCGCUGUGCGGAUACAAUGCGAAACAUUCUUCGAUCCGACGCCUGCAUGCUAUCUGCGACCGGCGGUUUUAAAAAAAAAAAUGUUCGGAAAACGUAAAAAAUGAUCGAUCCGCGUGUCGAACUGAGCAGAGUUUGCAGCCCUGGCGCCCAUGGUUACAGCCAUGGCCAUUACGAUAAUAAUGACGACCUCAGACACAUCAGCGCAAAAUCAGACUCAUUAAGUGGGCUGGGCUAAGAAAUGGACACAUUUCAUAAAUGCAUUAGGGGCAUUCACUAUACAUAUAAUAAGAAAGGACUACAUAGAAUACAUAUAAUAAGAAAGGGUACCUUACAGUGCCCAGGCACAAACUACCGGUUUGGCUCCACGAAUGUUUAAGCUCACAGGUCUUCGUGCUGACGCUACACUAAAAACACAAGUCAACUGCUGCAGGCCGAACUGAAACAACCAUAAUAGCUAAAUAGACGAACAAGUAGCAAACUAAGCCUUAAAUCAAUCGGGAGCUUCAAAAAAAAAAAAAAGGAUAAAGUGUAAAACACUAAGACAGGAGAGCAAAAAAAAUUAAAUUAUGGGGUUUUACGUGCCAAAACGACUUUCUCAUUAUGAGGCACGCCGUAGUGGAGGACUCCGGAAAUUUCGACCACCUGGGGUUCUUUAACGCGCACCUAAAUCUAAGUACACGGAUGUUUUCGCAUUUCGCCCCCAUCGAAAUGCGGCCGCCGUGGCCGGGAUUCGAUCCCGCGACCUCGUGCUCAGCAGCCCAACACCAUAGACAGGAGAGCAGUCAAGAAACAGAAAUACCAGAAAAUCACACGCGUGAAGUCUCUCGUACGUACAUGCAGAUCUCAGAGAAACUAAACACAGCUAUACGCCGUUUUCCAGCUUCAUCUCGGCUCAGCUUUCACUGGCGUCUACAGUGUGAAUUGAGCUCACUUUCAAGCAACUUCUCGUGUUGCUUCUGGCAUUCUUACCCUCACGAGGAGAACGAGGACAUGGACUGUCACGAAGUGAA